CAUCAAACCAGGUUCAUAGCAGACUUAUUGUUAACCGUGUCGUGACGCUCGCGUGCGAUCCUUUCAGUUUGAACCUUCGGUUCGGACGCUCGCGCUGUAGUCUAGCGCGCACCCUCAAACAUGCCGCCUCAGACGAGCUUUGGCCUGCAAGACCCUCAUUACUUCCUGGGGCGUGCGGAAAUUCUGGGAUGGAUCAACGACACACUGGGACUGCGCCUGACGAAGGUGGAGGACACUUGCAACGGCGCCGUGGCAUGCCAGCUCUUGGACGUGCUGCACCCUGGCGCCGUGCCCAUGGCUAAGGUGGACUACAACGCCAACAGCGAGUACCAAAUGAUCAACAACUACAAGGUGCUGCAGGACUGCUUCAACAAGCUCAAGAUCGACAAGUACGUGGAGGUGGCCCGGCUGGUGAAGGGCCGCCCGCUGGACAACAUGGAGUUCAUGCAGUGGUUCAAGGCGUACUGGGACCAGAUCAUCCCGCCCGGCAGCGCGCCGGCGCCGUACGACGGCCCAAGCCGCCGCGCGCUGUGCAAGACCGGUGACAUGAAGCACAGCGGCGGCGGCCCGGCGCCGCCCAAGGCCGGCGGCAUCAAGGCCGGUCCGCCCGCGGUGUCGGCGGCGCCCCGUGCCGCGCCUGCGGCGGCUCCGCGUGUGGCUGCGGGCCCCAAGGGCAGCCCUGGCGACCGGGACCAGAUGGACAAGCUGAACCACCAGCUGGAGGACCUGCGGCUCAAGGCUGACGGCUACGAGAAGGAGAAGGACUUCUACUACAGCAAGCUGCGCGACGUGGAGCUGCUGUGCCAGACGCCCACCGUCUGCGAGCUGCCCAUCAUGAAGCGGGUGCAGGAGAUCCUGUACGCCGCCACCGCGGAGGACGGCGGCCGCAUCAUGCGGGAAACACAAGUGGAGUUCGCGGGCCGCGAGUACACCGAGGAGGAGCUGUCGGCGGCCGACGGGUAGAGAGGGCUGCAGCUGAGGGGCGUGGCACCGGUCGCCGGCCCACCGCGGCGAGGCGAGCCGAGGUCGCGGGCGAAAGGGCGUUGUGCGGGUCGAGUAGGGUUGGUCGCGUUGGGCCGGCUAAUUAGUGUCGAGUUGGCUGGUGGGGCGCGGUUUUGGCGGACACGCGACAAGCGAGGGGAACGGGGGCGGCUCGGGACCAGUUGUCCCUGCCGUGCCGGGGCACACGGUGCACCACACGACCAUAUGUCGUGAUGUGUUAGCAAUACAACCAUAUGUCGUGAUGUGCGAGACUGGGGAGUGAGAUACGGGGCGGACCGGAUAUGCACCUCUGACUGGUGCCCAUCGUGACGAAGAGCGGGCCGUGGACUGCGGCGGUUAAAGAGCAGAGGCACACAUGCAGUCAGGAUGACUGUCGGGCACGCACGCGUGUGCGGUGGGUGCUAUAUUCAUGCAUUGUAAGGGACUGACUUU